AUGAUAGUACCUGAACAUCAAUCUCUCUCCCGGCGCCAAUCUGGCUGGCGUGGUGUUUCGUCCGAGUCUCGUGCUCGUGAUGAAGAACUCGUUGCCGUUGCCCAGAGGGUGUCUGGGACUGAAGGCGUUGUUACCCCAGUGGCUGCUAUCCAUGUGGCCAGUAUUGCUCCUCUGCUUCCAUUGGAUGGUGGUGCGCAGCCUUCUGCUGGCCUUGCGGGUGGAAUGGAGGAUGAUGAUGAUGACGAAAUCGCUCCUUGCCUUGAGGAGCUCGACUUUCCUGAUGAUGAGUACAAUCAGGACGGCCCAGAUGCUGACGACUACCAUGAUCUGGAAGACGUGGGUGUUGUUGCUUCUGGUGGGGAUGUGAGUGUCGGCGUGGUAAGUACUUCUUUCGGGAGUGUGAGCGCCCUGGCGUGGUAA